UUUUAUUAUCGGUUACAACGUCAUUCUGCUUUGUAUAGAAUACUUUUGUCGCGACCUUAUUCAAGCGAAAUACACUUUAACCAAUGGAAUCGCAUUGACCUCAAGCUUGUGAAUGAAUUUGGCUUGACAUUGACUAACAAGCAAAAGAUGUCAUGCUGGCUUGAGAUAGACUGUCGUUUGCUGGUCAACAAAGACCAUCGUAUACAGACAUGUCAAGAUUAUGAAGUAUUUUGUCGACCUAUACAAAAAGACGGUUGGGAAUCCACAGUUCAAUCCGAGAUUGCAGGCUUUCAACAUGACACAGAAGGCAAUUUCGAAUACAUGGUGGUACCUCCUCUAUCAUUCAACAUAUUCCAUGCCUAUUGUCUGCUUGAUCAAUCGUACUUGAUUGUCAAGGAAGACUGGAAGCUAGGCACAUCAGGUAAAUUAUGGGAUUCUGCUCUUGUUCUGUCCCACAUGUUUUGUGAUAAGAUUCAAAAAAAUCCUUUUUAUUUUAAGGAUCGUCGUUUACUGGAUCUUAGUGCAGGAACUGGCUGUAUAGGACUGUUGCUGGCUUCCUUAUUAAAGGACAUGUACAGAGAUCAACCUGACAGUAUGCCCGAAAUUACCAUGACAGAUUUACCUGAAGCACUUGAUUUGAUCCAUCAGAACAGAACCUAUAACCAUCUGGAAGACUAUACCCAUAUCAUGCCAUUAGCAUGGGGUAACUAUGAAGACGCAAAACAGGUCUUGAUGAAGGGACCUAUUCACACCAUCAUUGCUUCUGAUGUGCUCUAUGAACCUGCUUCAUUUCAGAAGUUGGUUCAGACAUUGGAUUGGCUUAGUACAGAAGGUGAUGUGGAUAUUUACCUGGGAUAUAAGCGACGUGGGCUCAGUUUAGAAGAAGAGCUUUCGUUUUUUAAUAUUUGUUCUAAAAGAUUCCAUAUAAGGAUGUUG